UCUGCCCGCCCCGGCCUCCCAAAGUGUUGGGAUUAUAGGCAUGAGCCACCGCGCUUGGCCGCAAAGUACUUUUAGAUGUGCUUUAGGCGGCACAUAGGAACUCCCUCACACUCAAAUACCCUCAAGCCAUGGAGCAGCGGGACCGGCCACGUCAGAUUUCGUGUCGACGGGCAUGUAGUGGGUAGAGGAGAGCUGGGAGUCAUCUGCUCAGAGUGUCUGGGGGCCCCAAGUGCAGGCUAGGAAUGGAGAAUCAGGGCCAGGGCAGGGGCUCUGUGAGCACACGUCAGAGGGACUAAGGAUUUGGACUCUCCACCCCUCCCUUGGGUUGUCUGGCCAAGGUGUGCUGAGGAUUUGGUUUAGAUGAUGCCUCUCUGCAGAAACACCCAGUGGUAAUGCGUGUUCUCAUCUCUGAAUCACAGGUGGUGCCGAUCGUGGCUUGUCCCAUCCAAGGUCAUGGUCAUCUUGACUCCUUGAUUAGGUGGAGAUUGAAGCCUUCUCUGUUGUUGACUUACUCUUUUCCCUUUUAUAGUAAAUAAAGGAAAGUAUUUAGAGACUAUGUGUUCUCUCUAAAGGUCAACCAGUGACAACCUGUUAGAUUCUGUCUCUCCACCGCACAAAACUCCUGAGUCUCCCAUCUCACGACGUGUGUAAGCUGAGACCUUUACCCUUCCUAAUAACUGGCUCCCAGGCCUCCCAUUGCCUCUCUGAGACUGUCUCCUGCUAUUCUCCUUCUCCUCCUCCACCAAGUGGGGAGGUACUUUGAGACCACAUAGGCUUUCAGCUGUGCGGUCAUUUACUUCUAUCAGUAGGGACACAAAGACUCUUGGAUUCGUAUUGUAUUCAAUGGGUCGUAAUCCAGUAUUAUCACUAUUUUGAUGUCCAAGUCAUUUAUAGUUUGCCUGGUGGGUGGGAGCCUCUGUGGGCUGGCCCCUGUGUCUUUUUGUUACAUACCCAUUGUUCUGUGAGUGCUCUCUUACUUUCUGGCCAAAAAGAAGAGAUUUCAGGCUCAUUGGGGGUGACUCCAAUGACAUCUUUGAUUAUUAACACCACUCUGGGAGGUGGACUCCUUGUCCCCUAGGAUGUCGCUGGGUCAGUAAGAGCCUGGGUAAAAGCCCCCUCACCGCAGGGACUGGAAGCCAGCUCCCCCCGCUCCAAGGACAGAGCUGGGAGUAUCUCUGUGUGUGUGUGUGUGUGUGCACUGGUGCGUAUAUACACAUUCACAUCUACUUUGAUUUCUAGAUGUAUCUGCAUCUCUAGAUUGGAAACUGUGAGUCACACCAAUAUCUGAUUCUUGUCUUCCAACACAGGGCUUACUAUAACGCUCCCCUUUCUAGACUAGCAAGCUCCUCCCCAAUGGAAAGGAAGGUGGCUCCCAUUUUUCUUCUCACAGAUCCUUAUGCUCAAUCUUCCUGUGCAUAACCAAUCUUCUGUCACCUCUCCACUGCUAUGGCCAUCCUCUCCCCUGUACAUUUAUCUGUGUUUCUAAGGCUGUUGCCCAAGGCUGAGGUUCUCUUACCUAGAGUUUCCAUGGCCACUCCUGCUUUCUCCUGAGUGUCCUCCCAGGGCUGCCAGGGAGUCCUCCAGGAUGAACAUACACCUGUGAUGCUUUUUCCUUUUUGCCGGUUAGAGCCCCCUAUGACCUUGGAGUCCAGCCCAGCUCAGUACCAGGGCCUCCUCCCUUGUCACUGCUUUGUGUAAUUCUGCUCACCACCCUGUCCUUGCUUCUUGAGCCCUGUCUACCCUCAGCGUCCCAACACAGCUGUGCAUUAGCCACCCAGCCUUUGGCCAGUUCACCAAAAACACGGUGCCUUACCACCUUUGCCUCUCCUCACCUCUUUUCCUGUCUGGAAAGUGCCUGCUUCUGCUUCAAGUCACAGCCCACUCGUCGAGUUCUUCCCAUGAUCUGGGGACUCCGUGCCCCCUCUUAAUGCUGUGUGUAGAUCGUCCCUCUGGGAGGGGCGGGGUGAGCCAGCCGCUGUAUUUCCUCUGACAUCAAGUACACACGCUGCUCACAUAUCUGUGGGUGAAUGCAGGAUCGUGUGUGGGAAUGGACGCAUAGGAGCAGCCUCCAGUUUCCAAUGACAAAACAGGGGCAUGAGUGGCCCCUCAGUUCUCUCCCAGGGAACCUUGUACUUGGUGUUAAAGUCUGACUCAUGGAAGGGCUCAUGUCCCCAGUUCCAGCUGGGUUUCCAAUCCAGGUUGAGAUGUAGCCUCUCUUCCUGAUGCCUGGUUUGCUGAUGUCUGCCUUAGCUGUCUGGAAUCCAUCCUCCCAGGGAAGAACCUUGUUUUGUUCCUGGGAAGAACCUCGUUUUGUUCCUGGGAACCAGGUGCAGUCAGAAGCUAGAGUGAGACAACCCGGCCAGUAAAAAGCACAGAGGACUGUGGCAAAGCAUGAAGAAAAUCGGAAGCUGGGUAGCAGCAUAGAGCUCACUGUGGCCUUAAGAUGGAGUGAGGCCAGUCUGCCACUCAAGUUUUGAGGUGAGGGUCUGUGCCUGGAGGACUUGGCCCCCACCUGCCCUGGCUUCUGAGUCCCUUUGCAUCCCCAGACCCUCAGCUACAGCUUACUUCUGGGAGGACUCAGAAGGGUGUGGUUUGAGACAGGCAGUGAACACCAGUGUUGAUGCGGUAGAAAUACAGCAAAGCAGAAUGUUUUCAUUCCUGCACCAGUGUUUAUUGCUCCUGUUUGGUGCUGUGUGUGGAAAAUCCCAGACAAGGUUAGGACUUCCUAUUGGAGGCACAAGACUUAUGACCACACUAGAGGGUCAGGGCCCCAACCAUCCUUGGGUGGCUCAGCCAUGGAGGAUGAUUAACCAGUCUGGGAGGUCAGAUGGGAGGCGGAUCUUCAACUGAGCCCAGGACAGCGGUUUUCAGCCAGAAAGGAGAAUGGGAGAAGCCCCAGCCAGAAGAAUUAACCUCAAGUCUGCACACUUUUAAGAACAAGGCCUUUAAAAAAUCCAAAGUGUGUGGAGUUUGCAAACAAAUUAUUGAUGGUCAAGGUAUUUCAUGCCGAGCCUGCAAGUAUUCCUGCCACAAGAAAUGUGAAGCCAAGGUGGUGAUUCCCUGCGGUGUACAAGCCCGACUGGAACAGGUAAGACCUUUGCAUUUCUUUGGCUCCAUUGUUCUAUCCUGUGGGACUAAGUCCUUGAAGCUGGGCCCUCUUUGGGGAUCUUUUGGCUUCCUCGAGUAUCCAUGCCCUCCCUUUGACCUCUAGCUUUCAUUCCCAAGACUCUCUCUGAGGACCUUUGACCAUGCUGCACUGGCCAUUUGCAUGGUUUUUUAGAGAAGAGGAUCCGCUGCACCUUUGCGGGAGCUGCCUUUCUAUCAGUAAUAGUUACCUUCGGGGCGAAUCUCCCCAGGCUGAGUUUCCUUGGCUAUAAAGUGAAGACAGCACAAGUCUGUUGUCUUAGUGAUAAAAACCUGGAUAGUGAGGGUGCCUGGGUCGCCGGGUGGCAGUGGACAAUGUAGUGUAGUGGUUUGUAGACUGACAUCCAACUCUACUGGGUGUGUGUGUGUGUGUGUUCAAAUCAGAUUGAUUUGUAAAUACAAUAGCACUUUCUGUUUGGCUUGUGAUUAGGCAAAUUUAAAUUGCUGUCUGCUUUUCAAAUGCAGCUCCUUGGAAGGUCGUGGUACCUCCUGGUGUUUUAUUUGCCUCCUCCCUUUGGAGCUAAGGGGGUGAAGCUUUGUUUCUGAGGGCUUAUUAGCAGCUUGCAGGAUAACUGAAAGGCUCACUGUGCCUAGACAGUAGGACACAGGACCCUCUUCUCUCACUGCAAAUCAGAAGCGACUCCCUGGGAGGGAGAUGGGAAGCUGCGUCUUGCUGCUGGGGAAGUGUGUGCAGGUUCGGGCCUCCCCGGUGGGGUAGGGAAACAGGUGGGCCGUGGUUCCUCCUGGACGUCUGUCAGGUGUGCUGUUGCCCAUACUUCUCAAGCAGGGCAGGGCUUUCUGCCCUUGGCUCCCCCUAGCUUCGUCGUACACAGAAUCUGGGGUGUUGUGCUGGAGAUUUGGCAGUCUUCUGGGUUGUGAGCCUGGUGACCUCCAGACAUGGAACUGGCUAACUGCCUCUGUCUUGUGGUGCAGUAGGACAUCCUUCCCCAGGCUCGGCCAGCGGCGCCUGUGUGGCAGCUUCCCUGCUCUGAUGAAGUCGAGAUCAGAUCCUGGCUGCAGUGACUGGGCUCUGCUCUUGCCCCCUGCCCUCCUGAGCCUUGGUUUCCUCCUUAAGCCAUUGGGCAUGGGGGUGGCUCUCCAACCUCAUCACUUGAGUGGCCGGGCCCUGCCCUCUCCCCCUGCCGACCUGAGCCUCAGUUUUCUCCUUUACGCAGUGGCCAUAGGGGUGCUCUCUAACCUAGCUGUGGACGAAAGAAGAGGGACUAUGGGCUCAGGCCUGUCACAGAAGCCUGGUCACAGGCAGGGUGCCCUUAUUAUACUCCUUUUAAUGCUGUCACGUGGUGUGGUCUCUUCGCUUCUGGAAGAGCACAGUAUGCAUUUGAGGUCAUAGGAACAUUAAAAAAAAAUCUCACUCAGAAACCUAAAAUACUGACAAACUUUGAAAAACAUGUUGCAGCAUCAAGAGCUGAGGCCAUCCGGGGUGGGCGCCUGCCCGGCCGUCCUUGCUGGCCUCGGCUGUGUCCCCAGGUCUGUGGUCCACUCUCACUCCAUUCUUCUGUAGCCCUCACCGCCGA